AUUGCAGGGAAAAGCGGGAGGAAGAAACAAAUGUCUUCCCACUGGCAUUGCAAACGAAAAAACGAAAAUCGAGUGUGAGAGAGCGCAAGGAAGAGAGCAGCAGGGCAGGGGUAUAAUGGGACACCAGAAGCAAAAAUGGACGGCGGAGGAGGAGGAGGCACUGCUAAACGGAGUAGCUAAGCAUGGUCCUGGCAAGUGGAAGAACAUUCUCAAAGAUCCCGAUUUUGCUCCUUUCCUCACUCAACGCUCCAACAUCGACCUCAAGGACAAAUGGCGGAAUUUAAGUGUUAGUAAUGCUGCACAAGGUUCUAAGGAUAAAUCAAGGGGUCCUAAAGUUAAAACCAUAGCAGUAACUCCACCCUCCAAUGCACAAAACUCUGCUCCUGCUGAUGGAUCUGCGGAUGCUCUUAUGGAUGACCUUUCAAACAAUGCAGUGGAUGGAAAAAGUGCUCCAAGGUACAAUGCAAUGAUUUUUGAAGCUCUUUCAACCAUAAAAGACACAAAUGGAUGUGAUACUAGUGCUAUUGUUCACUUUAUUGAGCAAAGGCAUGAGGUGCCACAAAAUUUUAGAAGGUUAUUAAGUUCAAGGUUGAGGAGGCUUGUUUCACAAGGCAAAUUGGAAAAGGUCCAAAAUUACUAUAGAAUCAGUAAAGAUGCUUCAUUGGGAACAAAAACACCAACCCCAAAACAAAAAGAAGUAAGGCCAAGGCAGUCACAGAAUUCUGGAUUAGUCUCUGGUGAGACAGUGGAGGAAGCAGCAAUAGCUGCUGCUUACAAGGUUGCUGAAGCAGAAAAUAAAUCAUUUUUGGCUGCUGAAGCUGUUAAGGAGGCAGAAAGAGUAUCAAAGAUGGCAGAAGACACGGACUCCAUGCUUCAGUUAGUGAAAGAGAUUUAUGAACAAUGUUCACGAGGUGAAGUUAUUCUCUUGGCUUGAGUUGUCGAAUGUACAAUUAGGAAAAGCAAAAUUCUUAGUUAUUUUUGGAAUCUUUAUGUAAAUUCAUUGCGUGUGGCAAUGGUUUUUUCUCGGAGUUGCAUUAGGAACAGUGUCCAUCUUUCUUUCCCCUUCUUUUUUGUCAACUGAAAGUACAGUAUGGUCAGUGAGAAGUCGUGCUCUUGGCUUGAGUUUUCGAAUGUACAAUUAGGAAAAAGAUAUAUAUAUUAUUAAUUUCGGAAUCAUGUAAAUUCAUUGAAUCAAUGGAACAGUUUUAAACUUUAUUGCUUA